AUGUCGUUAGAAAGAGAAGAACCUACUCAUUUCGGUGCCGGACCAGCUCAAUUGCCCACCGUUGUGCUACAACAAGCCGCCAAAGAUCUAAUCAAUUACAACAAUAUAGGGCUAGGUAUCGGUGAAAUCUCGCAUAGAUCGAAAGAUGCCAUCAAAGUAAUUGAUGACGCAAAGGCUCAUUUGAAAACUUUAAUGAACAUUCCUGAUGAUUAUGAAACUUUUUUCAUCCAAGGUGGUGGUACUACCGGGUUUUCCUCAUUGGCCACUAAUAUGGCUGCCGCUUAUAUUGGGAAACAUGGUAGAAUGGCCCCAGGAGGUUAUUUGGUCACAGGUUCUUGGUCUCAAAAGGCAUAUGAAGAAGCUAAUAGAUUACAUGUUCCAUCCAAAGUCAUAUUCAACUCUAAAGAUUAUGAUUCUAAUAAAAAAUUCGGUUCCAUUCCUAAAGAAUCUCAAUGGAUUGAAGAAUUCAAUAAGAAUAAAGAGUAUUCCUAUGUUUAUUUCUGUGAAAAUGAAACUGUCCAUGGUGUCGAAUGGCAAGAAUUACCAGAAUGUUUAGCUUCCAAUCCAAAUGUCGAAAUCGUGGCAGAUUUAUCCUCAGAUAUCUUAUCAAGAGAAAUUGACGUUUCCAAAUAUGGUAUCAUCAUGGCUGGUGCUCAAAAAAAUAUCGGUCUUGCUGGGUUGACCUUAUAUAUCAUUAAAAAAUCAAUCUUGAAAGAUAUUGAAAAAUGUACUUCAAAUGAUCUUUUAGAAAAUAAUAUCCCAGCGACUCCAAUUGCAUUCCAUUAUCCAACUGUGGUUAAAAAUAAUUCAGCUUAUAAUACAAUCCCAAUUUUCACUUUACAUGUAAUGGAUUUAGUUUUCAAACAUCUUUUGAAAAAAGGUGGUGUUAAAGUUCAAGAACAGGAAAAUAAUGAAAAGGCACAAUUAUUAUAUACUGCUUUAGAUAAACAUCCAGAUUUCUAUAACUUACCAGUUCAAAAAGAUUGUAGAUCAAAGAUGAAUGUAGUAUUUACAUUGAAAAAUAAUGAUUUGGAUGAAAAAUUCUUAAAAGAAGCUACCAUUGCUAAAUUGACUGGGUUAAAAGGUCAUCGUUCAGUAGGUGGGUUCAGAGCUUCCAUUUAUAACGCAUUGUCUGUGGAAUCAGUUAAGAAAUUGGCAGAUUUCAUUGACGAUUUCGCAAAGGAAAAUUCAAAUUAA